AUGGAUCAUGAUCAGAUCAUCCAUGUGGAUUUCCCUACCGACAUUUUAUGCAGUUGCUGUACAGCAGAAACACCAGAAGAGGGGCUUGAGGCCAACUCCUUGGGUGGUGAAUUGGGAGACGCAUUGUCGGCGACAUCUGAAGCGGCGUCGUUUGCCUCGUUCCCAAAGUUGGGAGCAUUUUCUACAGCAGCAGAAAAAGACGAUUUGUUGGUGGUGGGAUUGACGAGCUUGGGAGCCUUGGAAGAGGCUUUGGACGACGUCGUCUCCUUUGGAAGCAAAAUUGGGUUUAUCUGCGGAAGCACACUGCCACUGGCUAUGGUCACUCCUUUCAAAAGCUUCUCCAGCUCCUCGUCGUUUUUCACUGCCAAUAGCACGUGUCGCGGGCUGAUCCAAGUCUUCUUGUUGUCACGUGCCGCAUUCCCCUCCAACUCCAGAACCUGA